GGCAAGGGCGCCGUGCAGGAAGGAGGAAGAGACCCGGAGCAAUGGCUCAGAGUCGAAGCGAGAGCGGGCCGCCGCUGGAGGAAGAAACGCUGCGGGGCUGGGAACGUGACCAAGGCCGGCUGAAGGCAGAUGUGGUUGAACAAGAUACGCAGGAGUGGCAGAGCAGCCCAUCCUUUGCAGGGCUGGAAAGAAUUGGGGGAGUCGACCUGUCUUACCUCAAGGGGGAUGACCAGAGGGCCUGUGCCUCCCUAGUGGUGCUCAGCUACCCAGACCUCCAGGUGUUGUAUGAAGACUGCUGCAUGGUGGAUGUGAGUGCCCCUUAUGUGGCGGGUUUCCUGGCCUUCAGGGAAGCGCCUUUCUUGGUGGAGGCAGUGCAGCGCUUGGAAGAGCGAGCACCUGGCCUCGUGCCUCAGGUCCUUCUUGUGGAUGGAAAUGGUAUACUUCAUCAUAGAGGAUUUGGUAUUGCCUGCCAUCUAGGUGUGCUGACAGGACUUCCCAGCAUUGGUGUAGCCAAAAAUCUCCUACAGGUGGAUGGUCUCUCCAAUGAUGAUCUGCAUAAGGAACAAAUCCAAGCCCUCCAGGCAGGAGGAGAUACCUUCCCUCUCUUAAGUGCUUCAGGGACAGUCUUGGGAAUGGCCUUGCGUAGCUAUGCCAAAAGCACCAAACCUGUCUAUGUCUCUGUGGGCCACAAGAUGAGUCUUCCAUCCGCUGUGCGCCUGGUUCACUCCUGCUGCAGGUAUCGGGUUCCUGAGCCCAUCCGUCAGGCAGACAUAAGAUCCAGAGAAUACAUCCGGAAACACUUGGAGGCCACCUCCGCCGUGUUACCUCAGCCCGAGAGGACGAGUGAAGACACUGAACAGUGAUGUGGCAUCAAAGAUAUUCUUCAGGCUGUAAAAUCUAGACAAGGUACCACUCAGCCUUCUGAAUGGCCAGCUUCCAACUGCUUCUGGUUUCCCUGUGGAGUGGGAAUACAGCAAGGAGACAUCAGGAGGAUCUGUCAGUCCUCCAAGGGUAUUUCUCCCCAAUUUGUGGCAGGAAGUUGGAGACUUGUCUCCAUUUGUGGACUGAUGAGCCAAAUGGAUGUGAAGUUAAUUAUGAGACAGCAACAGUAAUAUGUAGAGUUCAGUUCCAAAGUCGAUAUCAGCCAUGGUGAGCCCUUUGGAGACUGUAGCCUUGCCCCAGCUCAGCCCUUUCCAAAUGUGAGGUAUUGCACCUUUAAUUAUCCCUAGACUGCAUGGCCAAUGGGCAGGCUUUCUAGGAAUGAUAGGAAAUGUAGUCAUAGAAUCAUAAAAUCAUAGAGUUGGAAGAGGCCUCAUGGGCCAUCCAAUCCAACCCCUUGCCAAGAAGCAGGAAAAUCGUAGUCUAAAACAUCUGAAUGCUGUGAUUUGAUGGGAAGCCACUGUGGUGGUUGGAGAGGGUGAGCUUAACUAUUUCGUUCCCUUUCAUGUUUCCACUUCUUAUUUGAAGCUGCUUUUUUAGUUUGAAAGGAAUCCACCUCUCAGAAGCUUAUAUAGGCUUAGCCUGAAAUGUAAACAGAAACUGCUUUAGAGAAGUCAUUUUCCUUGCGACUUUGAAGUGGAAGGAAGUCUGUGUGCUUAACCUGUUCUACUCAGAAUGAGAGUCCACAACCUAUCUGUUGCUGAUGCCUGGAGAGGUUUUAGAAAAGGAUGAGAUAGUUGUAGCCAACGACAAAAGUGUGAUGCUAGCCCCUUGCACAUUUGGGAGGGGGGAGUGAAUUGCUAAUCCUUUACAUCAGAAAGCUGGUUAAAUAGCCUUCCCAUCUACUUCUUCCAACACUGCUUACCUUCCCCCUCCCCCAGCUUAUAUUUUCCCAACAAAUGUCAUGUCGUGUUUGGCCCCCAAUCCCAGCUCCAUGGAGAAUAUGCCUAUAGUGUAUGACACAUGUCUACAUGUUUGUGCCAAACAGUAGAUGAUAGUGUUUUAAUUUUCAAAGAAACUGCAAGUCCUGCUGAAAUGACUGGAAUUGGGUGAACAUUAUAAGGAACAGAAAGAUCUGUUCCUGGCUCUUUAUUUUGCACUGUCAGGGUCAUCUUCAGAACUAAAGCCUUUGCUUCUGAUUGUGGUGUUUUAAUGAUAUGCUAGAUGUUACAUUGACGUUGUAAGUAAACAUUUCACUGGUAAUCCUAUAAAUGAUUUUAUGCGUACAGUUUCCUAAUAUUAAGUCAGCAAUGAGAAACCAGGCUGUGGGGCUAAUGGAGUAAUACAGAAAAUAAAUCGGGAUUCAGAGUAAGGAAUUCCAUUAAGAGCUUGAAGUUGAUCGUGUAAGGAGAUUCUAAUCGUUUGUACGUGCUCUCUCUCUCUGUCUCAUUUCUCCUUCCCCCUGUAUUUUUUUAGUGACACUCAGUUGCUGGUGCUGCUGGUGCCC